AUGAGCGUAUACUGCGAGGUUGCCAAAUACAAUUCUCAAGAAAUAAUCGACGAUAUUGCCAAAAAUCCGUUUUCGGUAUCCAACGAGACUAAGGUCACAAAGUCAGCUUGUAAGUGGAAUAGUGACGAAGGAACACCAUCAAUAUCGCCAACCAAACGGACGAAAUUAAAUGAAGAUACAACUCCAGAUAUUAUAUCUGGUUUAAAUGAGAGUGCGAGUUUUGAUUGUGGACUCAGAAAUUACGAAGAAGGAAUAGUAAUUGAUUCUGAGCUGGCUCUUCAAGAAACAGAUGAGGAAUCAGUAUCAACAUCUGCGCGCCUCUUUGACGAGGAUACUUGGAAGAAAUGGAAACUAAAAUCUGACCCGAAGUCUGGAGAAUCGUUCGGUGUGGUUUUAAAAUCGCGAAACCGGGAUGGUGUAGCAGUGAAAAUUAUUCGGAGAUUCAAAAGUAUACAAAGACGUGCAACUAUUUCUAAUCGUCUAGAAACCAUAUCUAAGCUUCUAAAACUAAAAUCACUUGAAUCCUUAGGACAAGGCUUAGAGGAAAUUCGGCUUUUGAAUAAUAUUAAAGAAGAUAUUAGAAAGCUUCUCUUGGAGGAGCUCAAAAUAACCUGCGUGAUGUUUCCUCUUCAAGACCCUUUCACAAAUUUUUUUAUCAAAAUUUUGUUUAUAUUUCACCAGGAUGUCUUCCCAGAAUAUUCAGUGAUGCAACAAUCAGACGUAUCGGAAUCGGACCACAGAGGUUAUGUUAUUCAUCCUUCCCUGAAAA